AUGCAUCCGUAUUUGGGGUAUCCCAUAUGCGAUCAAUUCGUUGAGCGCGCGAUUCAAAGCAGCACCAACGAGGAAGUUCGAUCCGUCAAUGUAUUGUACACAAAAUGGUACGAUAUGUCUGGAGAUUGUGAUUUAUUCGUCGAGACAGCUGCAGAGAAGGAGCUUCUCAUCUACCAUGAAGAUUCCUGGCUUCUUUUUGUGGACAAUGCAUAUUCUGCUCGUAUCAAAAAUCGGAAUCCGCCUCCCGAAAGAUCAUUUUCUCCCCAUCGACCAUUGGACCCCUGGAUUCACCACUGUCAUUUCUUCCGAAUGACCUGGGUCCUUGGUGAUGGCCCAUACAAGGGCAAACCAUCCCUUUUGUUUACGGAGAUGAAUGAUAUUCUAGGGGGACAUUCUAACGAGAGGCUAGCAAAUGUCAAGCUAAAAGACGUUGAGGUUGAUCCAUAUUGUGGCGAUGCGAUCAUCCAUGCGUCAGAAGAAGAUGUGGACCUGCUCGUCAAUCUAUCACACUUAUGGGUGGAUACGCUGGAACGAGACGAAGAAAUCGAAAUGCAGUCCAAGUACGGUCAUGUCGAAAAGACCAGCAAGCACAGAGAGAUUUCCCCGGGACGCACCGUCAAGUUCAAUCUUAGGAUCCGUUGGCAUUGCCCCGACCCGCCAUACAAAAAAUAUGAUACCCGUGGCAUUAAGCACGCGCAUAUCUGCGAAAUGCUUCACACAGCGCUAAAAAUGACUGACAGUCCCUCUCUAGCGGCAAUUUGGGUUAUAGCAGUCAACAUCAAGUGGAAAUCCGGAGACGUGGACGUGGUUACUUCAGACAGAGACGGUGAACGCGCCGUCAAAUUUGCCCACUUAUGGUUCCCUCACUUGAUCCAAGGCGAUGCUGCUCAGGUACCAGGCAUAUAUACCCCGCAGUCUCAAACACCAAGUAAAGGAUUCGGUAGGAGAAGGUCAAAUGCAUCUAAACGAAAUCUCGAAGAUGUUUCAGCUUCGCAGACCAAUCUCUGGCGCUCACAAUCAAAGAGCGCGAAGCGCAAGCGCCAGAAGAUCCGCAGCCAGCAACGGGCGCAAGAAGAACAAGAGAGCCAAGCACCACAAAUGAAUGUGGUCGCGUAG